AUGGCUACAUUCUAUUUCUACGGGAAAGAUGGUACAGUCACGGCUUCCGACUCAGACCCCGCAGCGCCGGUCUUCCACUCUGGUCCUUUGGAUCCGGGUCGUGCCUACGAGGAGCGGGGAGACUUCGUUGGAGCGUUUCUCACGCGCCGUGAACUAGCAAAUCACUCGUGUCCGGCUUUUGUCGAAUCCCCAAAUCAGACCCCUCCGUAUACGUCCUACGGCUUAUCGUACAAUCAACCAGUGGAUCACUCCUUGUACCACUAUGUACCCUCCGAGCCAACUGAUGCAGACUACUACCUAUUCGAUUGCCAUGAACCAUCAGAAAAUUCAGACGGCUGUAGGUUCGCAAAUCCUGUGGAUACCUUUGAUCGUGCUGGCUGGACUUCGCAGUGGGAUGCGAUUCGCUGGUAUCCAGACCCCGAGGAAAUUCGACGUCUGUACGCACUACAAGACUUGCUACCAUUCCUGCAGCCGGAACGUAAACUGAGUGCGCUCGAGGGGCCAUUUCUAGAUAUCAUUGAAGAGGGCACGGGCGCUGAACUCGCAUGGCAGGUCCCUAAGAAGCUUCUCGUCCUUUUCCUCGGUCACAAGGUCGUGAAUAGGUUCAUCUGCACUUUCUACCGAGAUGACGUCAGUUCGCACGGCGACCCAAUGGCGCAAGAGAUGAUUCUCCCACGUGGCAGUGCUAGUGAGGUUGGCCUUCGAACACUACUAAGGUGGAUGACACGCGCUUGUCAAUACGACACGAUGGAGACAACGGGGUUCAUCCAAGUCCCCAAAAAACUGUUCGCGGCUUGCUCUCUUGCUGGGACGAUGGAGCUUUUCGGUCUAUACAAAGACGCGCGCCGGUUUGACAAGUACAUCGCGAAGUAUUACUUUGUUCGACCUAUAUCUGCUAAGGAUCUCGAAUGCAUCUGGAACGGUCUGGGCGAAUCUAGCCGCUAUGUGUACGCGGUCAUUAAGAUCGUUGCUGAGCGUUUGCGACAGCAUGAACAAGAGGGUAUCAAACAGGUCAAGGGCAUUGAUGGCAACAUGUUUGCUCUACUGGAACAACACCCGCGUCUGGAAGCCCGUGUACGUGAUCUGGCCCUCAAUGAGAAAUACCGACCAGUCUUCGGAACUAAGUGGAUCAAAAACUUCGGAGAUGAUGCCGAGAAACAGUGGAGAAGCUAUGAUCUUGAUAUGGAAGUCACUGGCCAAGAUUCACUGGAAAAGAAGUACCCGGAUGAUCGGAAAACAGGCCUCCUGGAAAAGAAGCCACAGCCGGAUGGCCCCACUAAAGGAGUUCUAGAUCAGCGACUUGACCAGCAACAGAGAGAGCGUGUACAGCGGCGUUAUAGCGAGCAGCUCAUGAGAUCAGAUGUUCCAGUAUUUCCACGUUCAAACACUGAAGAUACUCCACGCAUAUCGCGAAGGUGCGCGAUAAGGGAGCUAGAUACGGGACCUGUGGUCCAGGAAGGACUGCAGCAACACCAGCCUCCGGAUCUAGACGGUCUCGCAAAGACAGUAAACGCUCAUACACAAUCUGCAGCCAAAGGACAGACGAAGGAUAGCACUGAGACGCAGCAUGGAUUUUACGAGGAAAAUGUAGACGAUGGAAGCCUAGGGGAGGAAUUUGAGAUGGUAGACUAUGAGGAGGAUAUGGUUGAGGGCUUCGAAGAGAUUUUGGGACAUGUUCCAUCUGCAUCUAACGGCGCAGAAGGACAGAAACAGGGAGGCUUUUGA